AAAAGAAAAAAAGAGAACGAGAGAAAGUGAGAGAAGGGCCACGCAACGAACCUAGCAGGCCGAGACGAAUUGAACGUUGAUCGUCACUCCGUUGCGUUCCAUCGUUCAUAUCGCUGUUGACUCUGCCGAGUCUCUGUUGUCGACGACGAAGACGACCUCUUAGCUCUAAGAGACAGAGACGACAGCGUUUCAGAGAGAGAGAGAGAGAGAGCCAUGAUAACGCGAUCGAAUCUGGCAGAGCAGUUGAGAGAGUACCAGAUUCGAUCGAAGCACGACUGGGCCUCCGUCUCCUUCUUCUCCUCCACUUCUAAUCUCCCUUCUUCAAGGGUGGAUGUUGUGAUCUUUGUAAUAUGGGAACUUUUUAUUCUAGCUUUCCUGGUUUUUUCAGCAGUUUCUUUAUAUUUUAGGCAUAUGCGACUUGCACUCAUUCUAGUAUGCAUCACAAUUCUAUUGCUUUUGUGUAUGAGAAUUACAAAGCAAGUGAGAUUGGCCAGGAAAAAGAAGCGAAGGAUGCUUCUUCCAUUAUCAUUGUGAAACUAUAUGUAGUUGCAAUAGUAACCCAACUUUGUUGUGUAAUAUAUUCUUGGCCACUGCUUUUGGUCAUUGGACGAUGUAUUGCACCUAAAGAAGGUUGAUAAAGAAUAUAAUGAUUUGCUUACUUCAA